AUGAGCACAGUCGCUUCAGAAUACUCCGCAGAGAGAUCUUCUGUGCCCAUCGAACACAGAUUUAACCCAUACACAGACAAUGGAGGAACGGUGCUUGGAAUCGCUGGUGAGGACUUUGCUGUUUUGGCAGGAGACACUCGUAUUGUGUCUGGCUAUAACAUUGACUCGCGGUACGAGCCCAAGAUCUUCGACGUUGGUGACGACAUCGUGAUGACCGCCAACGGCUUCGCCGCAGAUGGUGCCGCUUUAAUUGACCGUUUCAAGACCUCGUACAAGUGGUAUAAGUUCGACAAUAACAACAAGAAGUUGACCAUCAAGAGUGCUGCCAGAUACAUCCAGCAUUUGUUGUACGGUAAACGUUUCUUCCCAUUUUAUGUUAGUACACUUAUUGCAGGUUUGGACGAAGAAGGAAAGGGUGCCGUGUACUCGUAUGACCCAGUUGGCUCAUACGAGCGUGAACAGUGUAGAGCCGGAGGUGCUGCUGCUUCGUUAAUCAUGCCAUUCCUCGACAACCAGGUCAAUUUCAAGAAUCAGUAUGUUCCAGGAACUGACGGAAAAGAAAAGAGACCAAUCCGCUUUUUGAGCUUGGAGGAGGUCAUUGAGUUGGUUAAGGAUGCAUUCACGUCCGCCACUGAAAGACAUAUUCAGGUGGGUGACGGUCUAGAGAUCUUCAUUGUCACGAAAGAUGGUGUGCGCAAGGAGUACUAUCCAUUGAAGAGAGAUUAA